CAUUUGCCACCUUCCUAAUUUUUUUAUAAAAUAAAUCAUAUACCAUGUUCCAUCUAUGUGAGGUAUUGAUUCAUAUGUUUUGGUUUAAGAAUUAUAAUCAAUCAACACAAGGUGUGGUGGAAGUGGAAAACUCUCUUUUCUAUGGCAAUUAGUCAAAGCUUUCAUCAAUCAUACAACAAAGCAAAGAGAUGGAGUUCAACCUUAGUUUUAUUCUUCUUCAUAUUCAUGCUUUUAUUUGCUGCAACCACUUUCAUCAUCCAUUGGAUUCACCAAACCAAAAUAACAAGCACUACUAUUUUGAAGACAAUUGAAGUCUUCAACAACAACAAACAACAACCUCAAUUCCCACUAAAUUGCAACAUUACAACAUGUAUAUCAAACUACCCAACAACAUUUCAACCAAAUGAUUACUCAACAUCAUCCUCAUCAUCAUGUCCACAUUACUUCAAAUGGAUCCAUGAAGAUCUCAAGCCAUGGGAGAAAACAGGAAUCACAAGAGAAAUGGUGGAAAAAGGCCAAAAUCUAUCACAUUUCCGCCUCGUGAUUGUGAAUGGAAAACUAUACAUAGAAAAAUUUGCAAAAGCUUUUCAAACAAGAGAUGUUUUCACAGUAUGGGGAAUCUUACAGCUUUUAAGAUUGUACCCUGGAAAAAUACCUGAUAUGGAAUUAAUGUUUCAAUGUGGUGAUAAAACUAUUGUGGAAAAAAGAAACUUUCAAGGACCUGAAGUUUCACCUCCACCUAUUUUUCAUUAUUGUGGAAAGGAAAAUUAUUAUGAUAUUGUUUUUCCUGAUUGGACCUUCUGGGGUUGGGCUGAACUUAACAUAAGACCAUGGGAAACAACAUUGCAUAACAUACAAGAAGGCAACAAGAAUGUCAAAUGGAAGGAUAGAGUACCUUAUGCAUAUUGGAAGGGCAAUCCAUCAGUAUCUAAUAUUAGAAAAGAACUCAUCAAGUGUAACGCUUCCGACGAACAUGAUUGGAAUGCUCGAAUAUUUGACGUCCAUUGGAAAGAAGAGAAAUCGAAAAGUUUCAAUGACACAAAAUUGGAAAAUCAAUGUACUUAUAGGUACAAGAUUUAUGCAGAAGGAGCAACAUGGUCGGUGAGUGAAAAGUACAUAAUAGCAUGUGACUCCAUGACAAUGUUCAUAGAGCCUAGAUACUAUGAUUUUUUCACAAGAAGCAUGCUACCUUUGAAGCAUUAUUGGCCUAUAAGUGCCAAAAACAUGUGUGAAGAGAUUAAAUUUGCAGUAGAUUGGGGAAACACUCACCUUGAUAGUGCACAAGCAAUAGGAGAAGGAGGAACCAAGUAUGUAAUAGAAAAUUUAAAGAUGAAGUUUGUUUAUGAUUACAUGUUUCAUCUAUUGAAUACUUAUGCAAAGCUUAUGAGAUUUGAACCGAAAGUACCAGAAAAAGCUGUGGAGGUUUGUGCUGAAAGUAUGGCAUGUUCUUUGCGUGGUGUAAGGAAGCAUUUCUUGACUGAGAGUAUGGUGGUGUCACCAAGUGAUACACCUCCAUGCACAAUGCCUUCUCCUUAUACAAGUGAAAGUCUUCAUCAAUUUCUACAAGAAAAGGAGGAGUUAGUAAGGCAGGUGAAAACAAGGGCAAUGAAUAAAAAGUUAUAGUGGUUUUUGUUGUAGAUGUAGAUUUAGUUCACAAUCUCACACACAUACACACUUAGGAAAAUAUGCACGGCAUUCUAAUAAUUAGCCUUAGUGUAACAAGUUAAACAUUUCAGAAUGAAAAUUGAAAAGUUAUUUAUUGGAGGAGUAUUUUUUGUUGUUGUUGAAUUUAUGUUGU